GUCCCGCCCCAAACGAGUGGCGGAACCCGGCACUUCCCGCCCGCCCCCUCGGAGCCGGGAGCCGCAGGCGGACUCAGCCCAUAGGCUGGGCCAGGCACGCCCCCACCCAGCAGCCAAUCACCGCCGGCAGCCCCGGCCCGGCCAUGGAGUGACAGGGCUGGCGGCGAAUCGGAAGGGCCGGGCGGGAAGCUGGGGCGGCGCUGGGCCGGGAGCCGAGGUGGGUGCUGAAGGGCCGGGCCAUGGGGGCAGAGCGGCGGGGCUGGGGGCGCAGUGUUACCUUGGAGGAAUAUAACCUUGCUGCCCCACUGACUGGCUGGCAAUAUUGGCUCCUCUACACUCCUGCCUACAGUGCCUACUGUAUCUUGGUGUAGCCCAGACAGCUAUACAGAAUUUUCUGGGGCUCACCUAAUUGUUGCUUGUCUAAGAAAACGAGAUGGAUGGGAAGAAGUGGUACCAAGUUACAGAGAAAGUGGUUCCAGCAGGGUCCAAGUCUCUUCUUUAAAGAGAAGCUCCAGCAUCCAGGAGGCUGAAAAGUAAACACUCCAAUCAGUCACAAUGGAAGGAGGCAACAGUCCAAAUCUACAACUUCAGCAACUCCCAUUGGCCACGGCAGCAGUUUCUGUGCAGCCACACACCGACUCCUUUUCAUACAAGGAGAACCUGAUUGGUGCAUUACUGGCUAUUUUUGGGCAUCUUGUCAUCAGUAUUGCACUCAACCUCCAGAAAUACAGCCACAUCCGGCUGGCAGGUUCCAAAGACCCCCGAGCCUACUUCAAAACCAAGACGUGGUGGUGUGGACUGUUCCUGCUGGUGCUGGGUGAACUGGGAGUGUUUUCCUCUUACGCCUUUGCUCCUCUUUCACUGAUUGUGCCACUCAGUGCAGUGUCUGUUAUAGCAAGUGCAAUCAUAGGAAUUAUAUUUAUUAAAGAGAAAUGGAAGCCCAAGGAUUUCUUGAGGCGCUAUGUUUUGUCCUUUGUAGGCUGUGGUUUGGCAAUUGUUGGAACUUAUCUGCUGAUAACUUUUGGACCUAAUAGUCAUGAGAAGAUGACAGGAGAAAAUAUCACUAGGCAUUUAGUGAGCUGGCCAUUUCUGUUGUAUAUGCUUGUGGAGAUCAUCAUGUUCUGCCUGCUACUGUAUUUUUACAAGGAGAAAAAUUCAAACUACAUUAUAGUUAUUCUCCUGCUGGUAGCUUUGCUGGGUUCCAUGACUGCAGUGACAGUGAAGGCUGUGGCAGGCAUGAUCCUCGUCUCCAUACAAGGAAACCUGCAACUCGACUACCCCAUCUUCUACAUCAUGUUAGUGUGCAUGAUUGCAACAGCCAUCUUCCAAGCAACGUUUUUGGCACAAGCCUCACAGCUCUAUGACUCCUCUCAGAUUGCCAGUGUCGGCUACAUCCUGUCCACAACGGCAGCGAUCACAGCAGGAGCAACCUUUUACUUGGACUUCACCGGUGAAGAUGUUCUCCAUAUAUGUAUGUUUGCACUUGGGUGCCUCAUAGCAUUUCUAGGUGUCUUCCUGAUCACAAGAAAUAGGAAGAAACCUGUACCAUUUGAACCAUACAUCUCAAUGGAUGCAAUGCCAGGCAUGCAGAACAUGCACGAUAAAGGGACUGCGGUUCAGCCUGACCUCAAAGCUUCUUUCUCCUACGGCGCCCUAGAGAACAAUGACAACAUGCCGGAAAUUUAUACUCCAGCCACGCUGCCAAUCGUGCAGGAGCAGCACGGCCCCAAAGGAGCUUCUGCUCCACCCUACCGGGUGCUGGAGCACAGCAAAAAGGAGUGAGUGGCCUUUAAGGAACUGAUUUGAAUUGUCAGAAGGAUGACCUUUAUUUAUUUACCUAUGAAAAUGUAAGCAAGCAUAAAGCCAACCUUGAAACGGUUUAAAGCUCCUCUCAGGCUUAACUUUCAAGGUUGAUUAUUAAAAUAAAGAACUCUGUAUAGCUGUGAAGUUGAAAGCAUUCCUCUUAGCAAGAAGUAAAUCCUCCACUGAAGGUGCUGCCUGGAGUGGUGAGUGCAGUAUCCCAGCAAUAUGGAACUGAUGGGAUAGCUGAUGCUGUGAAAAUGUGGAGCAGUGGGAAGAGAAGUGACUAGGCAGUGGUUAGUCCUGCUGGGAGCAGGGUGUCUCCAAAUAGAUAUUUCCAGGAGUUGCUUGCAGAGAGAGGAGGGCAGCAUUUAAUCUUCCAUCUAUAGAGGAUGUAGUGGUUUCCAGAGAAGUUGUAACUCCUCAUGUCUCUGGCAUGACCACAAAACACCUUAACAUGGCAAUAAAAUGUAAUUGUGUUCAAGUGCUAAUACUGCAACUUUCUGUGUCUUUAGAGCAGCACAAUUGGUUAGAAUUAGCAAGAUGCUUUAGUCCUCCCCAACAUGAGUCUUGGGCACCUCCUGUACAGCUGUUCUGUUUAGUGUUGAGCACAUGCCCUGAGUAUGUGAAUUGUUUUAUAGCACCACAGGCUUACAUGGCAGCUUAGAACAGAGAUCAUUUGCCAGUUUUCUGUUUCAUAGCAGAAGCUUCAAGUUGGGUUAAAUGGUGCAGAAGAAACACGGUGAAUUAUGAGAGCAAGAAGAAAUGAGAAGAUAUGUGGCUGGUAUCUGAUGGGAAACUUUUGUAGCUCUUGAUGAGGUCCUGAUUCUCUGUUAGUUUGACUUCCUUUCUGGUUGAGGCAGGACUUUCAGCUUUGUUCAGUGGCCUUAAAUACUUAAAGGUGUUGAUAUUUCUUAGUUAAAAAGCUCAGUCCAGGUGCUGUAGCUGGGGUGUCCCCUCUUUUUUUUCCUUUUUUUAAAAAGGGGGGGGGGCAACAAAAAAAAGGAUACUAGUCUAAUACUGCGAAGGAGCUAAGGAGAAGAAAGAAGUAUGCACAGUCCAGCACUCAGCCAGUUAAUAAUGGAGCAUUGUGUACUCAGGAUAUUUAUCUUUCCAGCUCCCAAGAGAUGGCUUGAAGCUGAUAUGAAGGGAGAAUAGACACAAGGGGGGGGGAACUUGUCAAGUGAAAAGGACAAAGUACAACAAUUACUGGCAUAUGCAGGUUCUACUGGUGCUUUGAUAUCCUCAUCUUCAUUAAAUCUAUUGUUUUGCUGGGAAACAAGACAGUUAAGUCCAUUUGGUGUGACCUGGGCUCUGUGCAUAGUGGAGUGGCUCCAAGACUCGAUUUGAAAUGAACAGUGCUUGCGUUCAGUGCAUUUUUGAUUACUCUGGUACCAGGGGUUGGAAGGAUCUUGGACUUGCAGCAGUGGCUUUCUGCAUUUAUGUAUAUGACUCAUGGCCAGUUUCUGGUUUCCACUACUAAAAAUUCCCAAGUACUCCACUGACUUUAUAUAGUUACUCCAGAUUCUUGCUGUUGUGACAACAGAAUUGCUCUUUUGCGCGUUUGCCUUGCAGCUCUGCAGUUCAGUCUGGAAAUACUUGACAUUGCUUUAGCAUUUUUGUGCAGCUUAGAAAAAUUGCAGCCUUCCCCCCCUCAAAGAGCAGAUGCCCCACUGCUGUCUGUGUACCUGUGUGGAGUUUCACCAGCUUGGAUGUCUGACAGUCCUGAUGUUAUCAAUGGCAUCCAUACACUAUAGUUUAUGAAACCUCAAGAAAACAACAGCUUUUCUUUUCCCCUCAGUAUCUUUUGUGUUUAAGUAAUGUAACGAUGUUAAUGGGCUAAUACUGCCAGAGCAUUCAUCUUGUUGGAGUUGCAGUGACACUGAUUUACUGCCUUUGGCUUUGUAUCCCCGGAAAUCAAUUGUGAAUUUAUGUGCAGCUUUUGUUCAUGAGCAACAUAAAACACAGUCGUACAGGGGAGGCUACGUGGGAAGAGUACAAGAAUGGUGCCUUUUCUUAUCUCUUCCCUUUUAAUCAAUGAAGCAGUGGUUGUUCUUAUCUACUAGUUCUGAAACCACAGAAGAAUGUUGUUUUAAAACAAGCUGUGCUACACCACACAUAGCUGCAAACUCCACUUUUUACAUGGCAAUAUUUUCUCUGUUGCAUUAUUACAGAGGUGGCUGUGCUAUAAACUAAUUAAUCAGAACAGCCUAAAUGUUUUGCUGUUGACUUCUAUGAUUAAGAUGAUCCUGUGUGAAACAGGAUGUGGUUUUCCCAGCUCUUGGUUUCUCAGUAGGAUUUAAAAAGUGCAGUUGACUGGUGUGCAGCCUCUGCAGCCUGGAAACUGCUUGUUAGGGUUUUCUCCUAAUCUUACGACCCGACAUGGUUAAGAGACAGACACAGGAUGCUGUGCCAGGGGUGGAGAGCUGCUCUUGAUGCAGAGCCCCUGCUUGCAUGGACAGGGCUCCUAGAAGCCUGUUUGAGCUUGACUGUAGGACUUUGUGGUCUAACAGAGGGAGGAUGUAGCUCAGGGUUGAGGGAAACUCCACACCUCCCUUCUAGUUCAGGCAUUACAGGCUGAAAACAGGAAGCUAUUUGUACCCUCAGGUCUAUACUUUUACAGAGUGUUCUUAGUCUGAGGUGACAGUGGCCAUACCUGGGACUGCAGCAAGCAGAACUAAACAGCACAUGAAGAUUUAAAGGAGAGGAGCCCCAUGCCACAUUCUGGUCCUUCUUGCAGAGUGAAAAAUGAUCUGCUGGUGUAGAGCACACUGUAACAUUCAUGUAGUGUCAAAGCUUCAGUUUACCCAGGGCUGAUCCCGAGAGGCAGGGCACUGUCCCAGCAGAGUGCUUCCAUUUGCAAAUGGGUGGUGCUUUUCAGCAUGGAGAGCUGCAAAAGCAUGCACGGAAAUCCACAGGCUGCUGCCUCCUUUAACCUCGUGGAGUAACUCCUUGACUCUCCCUGUCUUGGCUGCUUUAUUGAAUGUGAACUGACAUCCGUUGCCUCCACACUGCGUGCACCAGAGCACUUAAUACGUUCUCAGUGUAUAUCUUACAUGUAACUUAAUGCUGUGGAAUACAGCUCCUGUGUUGGCUGAAUGUACAAAAUGAUCUGCCUACAAUGUUCUCUUGUUCAGAUUAAAAUGGGUAAAAAAGAAAUAAAAAAUCAAGCUUUUCAGUAUUGCACUAUAAGGAAAACUGCUUAUUUUUUCACAAGCAGGGUUGCAUGACUGUUUAAUUCUAUUUGUCUUUUAGGCAAGACCUUUGGAAAUGAAACUUAAUAAAACAUUGUGGUAAAACCUGUA